AUGCGACCGUUUCUAGACGACACUAAACGGCGAGUGGACCGGAGACUUAGCGCAAGCAGGCAGUCCAUAUCCUCCAGCCGCCUGUUCUCAAGCGCCUUCCCCGAACGGCUCCAGGACGAUUACGAUGCCCAGGUCGACUUCACUGCUCCUCCUGGCGGUGCGAAGCCCCGGGAUGGGAUCCAGUAUAUGCAACAGUCCAUAUUCUCACUGAUUGCUGCUGUGGGUUCCAAAUCGGAUUUCCAUACACGUUUCGAUGACUCUAGCGAUAGUGAAGGAGAGACUGAUACAAAGCCUCAAAAGACCACCGGACGUGCCCCGCAACUGGAUACUGCUUCCUCGCAAACGGAUGGAAGUAUAGCAGUUCCCUCGAUCCCCGGAGCACGAAGUGCCUCUGAGAACAGGGGCCGUCGGCAUCGGAGGUCGAUUUCGGACCAUAAACUCUUUAAACCAUUUAAAUCAACCCCGAAACCGGAAAGCAAGCAACAGCAGGAUAUCACAGCACCCGAAUCCUCGAUGGGCGAAGAGUUGUCGAGAGCCUCCACCCCUAGACGGACACGCAGCACGACACCUCGCGCGGCUCCCAUUCUGAGUCGCAUGGUUGAAGCUCAGGCCCGUCUAGACGCUUCCAGUCCGACAGAGUUGUGCGAAUCGCCGUUAGACGGGCAGAACGACAAGAUCCCCCAACUGUCAUCGGCAUCUCCCCUCUCCUUAAGACUAAUGGAGAUGUUUGGCUUUGAAGAACCAGAAAAGGUUGUGGUUGAGUAUGCGUGCUCCUUGUUACAAAGCCUGCUUUUACAAGGAUACAUGUACGUGACUGAAGGGCACAUUUGUUUCUACGCAUAUCUUCCCCGAAAAUCCACAGUAGCAAUCAAAUCUGGAUCGAUUCACAAGCGUGGUCGCAAGAACCCCAAAUACAACCGCUAUUGGUUUACGUUGAAGGGCGACGUGUUCUCCUAUUAUGCUGAUCCCUCCAACCUUUAUUUCCCUAGCGGUCAGAUUGAUCUCCGAUACGGAAUCUCCGCGUCCAUUACUGAAUCUAAGGAGAAAGGGAGAGAUUCAAGGGAUUUUCAGGUUACCACAGAUCAUCGAACCUAUUACUUCAGAGCGGAUAGCUCAACAAGUGCGAAGGAAUGGGUGAAGGCCCUGCAGAAGGUCAUCUUCCGGACCCACAAUGAAGGGGAGAGCAUCAAAGUCUCUUUUCCAAUUGAGAACAUUAUUGAUAUAGAGGAGAGUCCGAUGGUUGAUUUUGCGGAAACAUUUAAGAUACGUGUGGUUGAAAGUGAGGAGACGUACGCGAUUGACGAGUAUUACUUCACGUUCUUCAAAUCCGGUCGCGAUGCAUUCAAUCUCGUGAAAAGCUUGAUCAGUGAUAUUUCGACAAAGAGUUCACCACAAACUCUAUCGCCACAACCAGAUGGUCCGUCCCGCUCCAAACGAAACCGGCGUUCUCAGGGUAGGUGGUCUCUGGCUAGCACGAGCCAGCUUCGGGGGAUCGCGAUUACCGACUCUCGCCGGAGGAGCGUAAGCACAAGCUUCGUGGCCUCCAAACAGGAUGCCGCGAACACACCACCCAACAUGAAACAACAGGAUUCUUCCAGUUCGUACAUAAACUCUCUAGACCAGACUACCGAGUCCUCGGCUAUUUUGCAAUCAAUGACCGAUACAACGGAGUCGGCAAGUCAAAUUUUGAACAGGAGCGAUGUCUUUCAGUCUCCAACUAUCCAUACUUGGCAGCAGCGUUCUCUUGGUGUGGAUCAGGCUGGCCGUCGACAUUCGGAUGAAACCGCUCGAUCGAUAACAGCACAUGGUCUGGAUGGGUUGGGACUAUCGGGAGAAAGAGCUGAAAUCCAGUAUGCCAUUAGUGAUUCGGAACAGGACUCUAGAGAUGUAUCUAGGCUCUCUGCUACUCCCGCACUCGGUGACCUUGUUCGGGCUGGAGUAUAUCCUCUCCAACGUGCCGCUGGGUUUGCCGAGUACUUGAGGAGCAGGUCGAGACAGAUGAGCACUCUUCUCGCGAGUGAGUCAAUGGGGUACAUUGAGAAGGUCUCGGGGAUGUGGGCUGGAGGUCGCAGACAUUAUGGGGAGACGGCAGGAAUUUCGCCAGAUGGCCGGGCCUUUUAUCCUGAGACCAAAGAAGAUAGCUGCAGAGACGAGGAACGUUUCCGAGCCCAUUUUGCAUUACCAUCGACCGAGAAGCUCCAAGCAGCUUAUUUCGCAUACUUGCACCGUAUGAUUCCCCUUUACGGCAAGAUUUAUAUUAGUCAGAACAAGCUGUGCUUUCGCAGCCUUCUUCCAGGGACUCGAACGAAGAUGAUCCUUCCUUUGAAUGACGUUGAAAACGUUGAGAAAGAGAAAGGGUUUCGAUUUGGAUAUCAUGGACUUGUCAUAAUUAUCCGAGGCCACGAGGAGCUUUUUUUUGAGUUCAAUGCCGCCGAUGCUCGUGAUGACUGCGCUGUUACCUUACAUCAGCAUCUGGAGUCUGCGAGAUUUUUGGUUGAGUCUGGGUCGCUUGCGCCACAGGAGAAGGAUGAGUCCGAAGCAGCGAAGAUAGAACAUCGGAUGCUUCAGGAGGCUAGGGUUGAUGCCUCGUCGGAACAAGAGAUGCGUGCAAAUAUUACCGAGUCUUCAGAGCUUCAUUCUAUUUUUGACGACCCGCGCGCCUCCAUUAUCAACUUCAAGCCCACGGAGUCUUUAAAUAUUACGUGCCUCACCAUUGGGUCGCGUGGGGACGUCCAACCAUAUAUUGCCUUAUGUAAAGGGCUGCUUGCAGAUGGACACAAGCCCAAAAUUGCGACUCACGCUGAAUUUGAGCCAUGGGUAAGAAAACAUGGUAUUGACUUCGCACCAGUCGGGGGGGACCCAGCCGAACUCAUGCGCUUAUGUGUGGAGAACGGAAUGUUUACGUAUUCAUUCCUGAAAGAGGCUACAUCGAAGUUCCGAGGCUGGAUUGACGACCUUUUGUCCUCUGCAUGGAUAAGUUGCCAAGGUAGUGAUCUUCUCAUCGAGUCCCCGAGUGCGAUGGCUGGAAUUCAUAUCGCAGAAGCACUAAGGAUUCCCUACUUUCGUGGUUUCACGAUGCCAUGGUCGAGGACCAGAGCGUACCCGCAUGCAUUUGCCGUCCCUGAGCAUAAGAUGGGUGGUGCUUACAAUUAUAUCACGUACGUGAUGUUUGACAAUGUCUUCUGGAAAGCGAUUGCUAGCCAAGUAAAUCGCUGGAGAAUGAAUGAACUGGGACUCAAGGCGACAAACUUGGAUAAGAUGCAACCCAACAAAGUCCCAUUCCUCUACAACUACUCGCCGUCCGUGGUGCCUCCACCUUUGGACUAUCCGGAUUGGAUUCGCAUAACUGGUUAUUGGGUUCUGAACGAGGGGUCGGAUUGGACACCCCCAACGGACCUCACGGAAUUCAUUCGGCGUGCCCGAAAGGACGGGAAAAAGGUGGUCUAUGUAGGCUUUGGCUCUAUUGUUGUGUCGGACCCUUCUGCCUUAACUAGAACCGUCAUCGAAUCUGUGUUGAAGGCGGAUGUCCGUUGUAUUCUCUCGAAAGGGUGGUCCGCUCGGCUCGGGGAUCCAACAAGCGCCAAGGUCGAGGUUCCUCUACCGCCCGAGAUAUAUCAAAUCCAGGCAGUUCCGCAUGACUGGCUCUUCUCGCAGAUAGAUGCUGUUGCACACCAUGGUGGGGCAGGAACUACAGGGGCGAGUCUCCGUGCGGGCCUUCCAACCAUCAUCAAGCCUUUCUUUGGUGAUCAGUUCUUCUUCGGAACACGGGUAGAGGACCUUGGAGUAGGGAUAUGUAUGAAGAAGCUGAAUGUCAGUGUGUUCUCUCGGGCUCUGUGGGAAGUCACUCAUAGUGAGCGGAUGAUUGUGAGGGCCAGAGAGUUAGGGGCGCGGAUUCGAAGCGAGGAUGGCGUGGCAACUGCUAUCCAAGCUAUCUAUCGCGAUCUGGAGUACGCCAAAACCCUGGCUCGACAGCGGUCGAUUCUUUCGGCCACGCCGUUCUCUCCCACACCAUCAGCCAAGACCGGAGAUGAGCAAGAUGCAGACGACGAUUCUGCUGACAUUGAGGACUGGACAAUUGUUGGAGACGACGCGGAUUUUGACAUCUCGAAGCGUGUGCGAGACCGAGCAGUGUCUGAUGCUGAGAAUUUACCCGAACGACUUUUCUCAGAUAUCCCUAAUCUUAGGGGUCUUGGUAGGUAA